UCACCUGUGCGGGGCAGGUUGCCUGCUCACCUGUGCGGGGCAGGUUGCCUGCUCACCUGUGCGGGGCAGGUUGCCCGCUCACCUGUGCGGGGCAGGUUGCCUGCUCACCUGUGCGGGACAGGUUGCCUGCUCACCUGUGCGGGACAGGUAACCAGAGCCCGGACAGUAGCUGCUGAGUUCUGCUGCUUAUUGAGAGAUGUGGCCACAGCCCCAGCCUGGCCCCAAACCUGCACUAAGGACGCUUUCCUGGGCAGCUUAAACACCUCAGAGAUGAACGAGAGCGGGCUGUGGACGGGGGCCACUCCGGAGGUGCUGGUUUCGGAGCUCGUGGCUUAUGUGAGCGGGAACCUGUCGGGAAACGACAGCGAGUGGCAAAAGAUGGCAGUCAGCAACGCCAGCGUGGCGGAGCAGGGGAUCUUUCUGGAAACGGCGGCGGCGCAAGCAAUCUCCGGGAUAUUCGUGUGGAUGGCGUUGAUCCUAACGUUUCACCAGAUUUACCUGCAUCUGCGGAAUUACACCAUGCCCAACGAGCAGCGAUCUAUUGUGCGAAUACUUUUCAUUGUUCCCAUCUACUCCUUCGACUCCUGGCUCAGCCUCCUCUUCAUCAGUAACGACCAGUACUACGUUUACUUCGACUCCGUGCGAGAUUGCUACGAAGCGUUUGUGAUUUACAACUUCCUCAGCCUCUGCUACGAGUACCUGGGCGGAGAGAGCGCAAUUAUGUCAGAAAUCCGGGGCAAACCCAUCAGGUCCAGCUGUAUGUACGGGACGUGCUGUUUGCAGGGACUGACCUACUCGAUCGGAUUUUUGAGGUUUUGCAAACAGGCCACUCUGCAGUUCUGUGUUAUUAAGCCACUGAUGGCGUUGAUCACCAUCAUCCUGCAAAUGUUCGGCAAAUAUCACGAUGGAGACUUUGAUGUGAGCAGUGGAUACUUGUACAUCACCAUUGUUUACAACAUCUCGGUCAGCCUCGCCCUCUACGCACUCUUCCUCUUCUACUUCGCCACCAGCGAGCUGCUCACCCCGUUUGAACCUGUCCUGAAAUUCCUCACUGUGAAGUCAGUCAUUUUCCUCUCCUUCUGGCAAGGAAUGCUACUCGCUAUCUUGGAGAGGUGCGGAGUGAUCCCAGAGGUGCAGAUUAUCGACGGGCACGAAGUAAGAGCUGGCACAGUGGCCGCGGGCUGCCAGAAUUUCAUUAUCUGCAUCGAGAUGUUCUUUGCUGCCAUCGCUCUUCGCUACGCCUUUACCUCCCAGGUCUACAGGGAGAAGCAAGAAACCACCCAAGCGGGCGGUGCCGCCCCCAUGCAGAGCAUAUCCAGUGGCUUGAAGGAGACCAUAAACCCUAAUGAUAUCGUCCAGGACGCCAUCCACAACUUCUCUCCAGCGUACCAGCAGUACGCACAGCAGUCCAGCGACGAGGUGCUGCCCAGGCACAACGGCCACACCCUGCCUCAGUCACACCUGCACGUCCCAGGGUGGAGGAAGAACGUGGAGAAAACCACCCUCAUCAGCUCUGAAGACGAACUCUAAAAACUUUCCUGUGCAUGCUUGUUUAUAAAAAAUACCAAUUCAGCAUCAAUUCGAUUUUAACCUAUGACAAAAGAAACACCCCCUCAAUCAAUAACUUAUGUCCAAAGGAUUGGGCUGGCCCUACUGUAUUGCUCUUUGGAUAUUGUUGUGGCGGGGGGUGGGGGGAGAGAGGGCACCGGUACAGUGCUGGGAAACUGUACCGUUUUCUCCACCGUGAGGAAGGUCAGAGACAGGGAAACGCAUUCCUGGUUUUAAUGUUUCUGCGUGGGUGAAAAGCUCCAUCGCAAUCUUUGAAUUCCAUUGCAAGCCUCCAGCGAGACGGAAAUAACUCAGUCGUAAUAGACUUGCUGGUGGCUUAGGGUGACCCAAGAGUGCAUAAGGUUGAGUCGUUUUGGGGGCAGGGGUUGGGGGUAGGUAAAGAGUAUAAUCGUGUGUCUUAGCUUCAUUCUCCUAGGGUGUAGUCAAAAGACUUGUUCAGGUCAUUCGGGGAGGCUAAGCAUUGUGGAGAAAAACAUGCAACUGAUUUUCUGAUUGUAUUUAUUUCCUUUUUGUAGAGAACGUUUAUUGCAAACCUUUUAUUUCUCCCCCUCACCACCACCCCUCACUCUCCUCUGCCAUCUGCUGUCCCCAUUGGGAGAUGACGGACAAGGAACCUGGAUGAGUUGACUUCAUGUUGAAUAGGAGCGAUACAAGCUCCCGCCUGGCAUGAGUUAAGAAAUGGAAAUGUCUUCAGAGAAAUGCCUGUGUGUAAGUGGCAUAAUAUAUGUGGAACUCUUGAUUGGUGUGGACACUCUUACCAACUGUAACUGAUUUCUGCGAGCAUCAUAUCUCCAGCCUGGGGAGCUGUCCUGUGCUAUGGAACCUGCACAGAGCAAUGCUGUUCGGCAUUGUACUGUAGAAUCCCUGCACCUGGGGACACCUGGGAUGUUGCUCUGUAUUUUUCAUAGCACUUAAUUUUUAUAUAUAUAUAUAUAUCAAAACUAUUAAAGUACAGCUGGAAAGAAGUUGUUACACCAGCUUGUUU